AUGAUUGUUGAUAAUUUAUAUCAUAUGAAAGUAAUGAACAAAAAUGAAGCUGAACCAGGCCAUCAUCAUACACAUUCAGAACAUAACGAAAGCGAUACAACGGUUGGCCUACUAGAACCAGAGAACUGCGAACAAUUUUUACAGGUCGCCGAAAAAAAUAAUCAUUUUCAUGUUCAUGACCACGACCAUCACCAUGAUCAUGAUCACGACCAUAACCACGCUGCUGAGGGUGUAACAUGGCGCUUAAUUCUUAUGAUUAGCUUGACUGGUAUAUUUUUCUUUGCUGAAUUAAUCACUGGAAUUAUAACCAAAUCAUUAUCACUUCAGUCUGAUGCUUGGCAUAUGCUUUCAGAUGAGAUGUCGCUAAUUAUCGGUCUUGUUGCUCACGAAAAAGCAAAGAAACCUCCAACAAAGAAAUAUACUUUCAGUCUUGCACGUGCUGAAGUUAUUGGAGGAUUCACAAACGCUAUUUUCUUGCUUGCUGUUUGCAUGACAAUUCUAUUUGAAGCAAUCGAAAGAUUUAUUAAAGUAGAAGAAAUCGUCGAACCCAAAGCAUUCUUAAUCGUCGGUAUCCUCGGCCUUCUCGUUAACGCUAUCGGCAUUUUCAUUUUCCAUGAUCACCAUCAUUCGGAUAAUAUUCAAGGAAUAUUUUUACAUAUCAUUGGCGAUCUUCUUGGAUCAGUCGCUGUAGUUAUUUCAGCUGCUGUUUGCCAAUGGACUACAUGGAAUGGACGUUUCUAUUUAGAUCCUGCUUGUUCAAUCUUUAUCUUCAUCAUUUUAGUUUAUGGAUCUCAAGGAUUAUUACGUCGCACAGGUAGCAUACUUCUUGAAUCAUGUCCUGAGUACAUUGAUGUCGAAUUAAUUAAAGCAGACUUGAUGAAGAUUGAAGGUAUAGUUGCUGUUCAUGAACUCCAUGUUUGGGAGCUUUGCAAAGAAAUAUACUUAGCUCUACUUCAUGUUGUUGUCGAUUCUAAAGAAAGAAACAAGAAAGUUCUUGAACAAUGCCAUAAUAUUAUGAUCUCCCAUGGUGUUUAUUCAACAACAGUACAAAUAGAAUUCGUAGAUGACUUCCCUCAAGGCACUGAUAGCGUUGGUUCCUGCUUCUACGCAACAUCUUUUGGAAGUGAUAAAAGAAUCUUCCAAACUCCUCCAGUUUACCAACAUUCAAUCGGUUGCCCACAUGUGAACCUUCCUGGCCAUGAACACGACCACGAUCACGAUGAUCACGACCAUGCACACUUGCACAGCCACAGCCAUGAUCAUUUGCAUAACGAAAUGCAAGGUAAUCUUCGGACACCUCUUAACGAAUAA